AUGGAUAAAAUUUUAUCUGUUUUUCAAUUUAAUUUCAAAUCCUUUUCAACUCAGCAUUCAUUACAAUUUACUAAUAAAGAUAAUAAUAAUAUAUUAAAUAAUUAUUCAUGUCAAACAUGUCAAACACCAUGUUCAAUUCAUCCAUCUUAUCCUUCAAAUUUAAAAAUAGAUUACAAAUCACCAUUAAAAGAUACCAUACAACCUUAUUCAAAACAUGUUAUCAUUAGUACAGGUAAUAAGGAUUGGAGUAAAGUAAUUGAAUUGGAUGAAGGUAAUUUAGCUUCGGAAUUAUUUAAACUUCAAAUUGAA